UCUAUAGUCCACAAUUCAGAUAUCACCAUCCUCUCGUUUUCUCAAUAUAUCGUUGAUUCCAAUCCAAGUUGUGGACAAUGAUUCAACACCACCAACCGCCGAAGCAAGACACUUAGUUAAACUCGAAAAACACAAACCUUUGGCUUUGCCUCUCUCCACAGCGACACACCCAAAAACGCUUCACAAACUUAACAAGAACAAGAUUAUGGGUAUACUGUACGACGACGUAGUGAUCAUAAGGGAGCCAGAGAAAGACGGUGACCCAACAGUUAUCACAGUGAACUGCCCUGACAAAACCGGUUUGGGCUGCGAUUUGUGUCGUAUCAUACUCUUCUUUGGUCUCAACAUAGUCAGAGGAGAUGUGUCAACGGAUGGAAAAUGGUGCUACAUAGUUUUCUGGGUGGUUGGGAAACAGAGGACGAGGUGGGGUUUGUUGAAGAAGAGACUAAUUGAGGCAUGCCCUUCUUGUUCUUCAGCUUCUGGAAUCUCCUAUUACCGCUCUGAUUUGCAGCCAUGUAACCCUCCUGAUGUCUUUCUUCUGAACUUUUCUUGUCACGAUCGGAAAGGCCUUUUGCAUGAUGUUACUGAGGUUCUUUGUGAGCUAGAACUUACUAUAAAGAAAGUGAAGGUAUCUACUACACCUGAUGGCAAAGUGAUGGAUCUAUUUUUCAUCACAGAUACUAGGGAACUUCUACAUACAAAGAAGAGAAAGGACGAAACAAUUGAACAGCUAACAGAGAUUUUGGGGGAUGCUAUCAUUUCUAUUGACAUCGAAUUGGUUGGCCCGGAAAUUACUGCUUGUUCCCAGGCAUCUCCAUUCCUUCCAACUGCAAUCACAGAAGAUGUUUUUAAUUUGGAAUUGCCUGAUUUGGCUCGAAGUGGAACUCUCAGAUCAGAUUAUGUUUCAAUUGCGAUGGAUAACUUGCUUAGUCCUGCUCACACCCUUGUCCAAAUUAUGUGCCAGGACCACAAAGGUCUUCUUUUUGACAUCAUGAGAACUCUGAAGGACUACAACAUUAAGAUUUCUUAUGGGCGUUUCACUACAAAACCUAGAGGAAAAUGUGAGAUUGACUUGUUCAUCAUGCAAGCAGAUGGCAAAAAGAUAGUCGACCCCAACAAGCAGAAUUCUUUGUCAUCACGCCUUAGAAUGGAACUACUUCGUCCACUCAGAGUUGCUAUUGUGAGUAGGGGCCCUGAUACCGAGCUUCUGGUUGCAAAUCCUGUGGAGUUAUCUGGCAAAGGCCGACCUCUUGUUUUUCAUGAUAUCACUCUUUCUCUGAAAAUGCUUGGCACUUGCAUCUUUUCGGCUGAAAUUGGGAGACACUUGAUUGGAGAUCGAGAGUGGGAGGUUUAUAAAAUCUUGCUUGGUGAAGGGGAGGGGUUGUCUGUUCCAAGGAACAAGAUUGAAGAGGGAGUUUGGAAAAUGCUGAUGGGAUGGGAAUAAUCCAUGGCUGCUAUCAUCACAUUGUUCCCUUUGCAUGAACCUCUCUUCCUGUGUGUACAGAUAACGUGGUCUAAUAUCAUAUGGUUCAUAACUAUUAGGAGUAAUUGUGAAAUAUGUAGUGUGCAAAUUGUAGUCUUUGUUAGCCACGCUAUACUUUUGAGCUUAUGUAAUUCUAACUUAAUGUAUAUAAAUGAGAAGGCAGUAACUAGUAGAAGAUUAUGGAGAAGGGCGUUUUUCAAAGAGCUUUUUAUUACUGAAAAUGAAAUGAAAUAUUGUAAAGUGAUUAGUAUACCCAAAUCUUAAUAGAAGAUAUGCCAUCAAAGCUUACAAGU